AUGGGUUCUAAAACUUGCUCUUCCCUUUUCCUCACACUUAACGUCCUCUUCUUUGCAGUUGUCUCAGCUCAUGGGCCAUGCCCUGGUCCAAACCCAAACCCAAACCCGAAGCCUAAGCCCAGGCCCACCAGCCUUUCAGGUGGUUCUAACACUUUAGAAGCCUCUUCUUGCCCACGUGAUGAACUCAAACUAGGCAUAUGCACCAAUUUGCUAAACAGAACCGUGAACAUCACUUUGGGUGAACCACCAGUUAUCCCUUGCUGCUCCCUCAUCGCGGGCCUAGUUGAUUUUGAAGCUGCAGUGUGCCUCUGCACUCCCCUCAGACAAAACAUUUUGGGCAUCGACCUUGACAUCCCUGUCAUAUUCAACUUUCUUUUCAACAUUUGCUCAAGGGAAGUCCCACGUGACUUUUUAUGUUAA